AUGAUCGACGAUUUUUUUGAUGACGACUACGGCACUGACGACAAGACCCCAGCAGAGUUCAAGUCUUUCCUGGAAAAGGGAAACUACUCGAAAAAGUCAACCUCGAAGGAAUAUUCUGAUAUUGUGAACCAAACGAAGAAACUUGCGCUAAAAGACGACAAUAAAGACCCACAACCUGAGAAGCAAGAAGCAGAAUACUCAGAAUCCUAUGAAGAUGAAGAGAAGACAAGUGAUUCCAAACGUGACGAAACAUCCCCAGAAUCUUCUUCAAGUAACCGAAGACAAUGUUCGGACAAUGAAGGGACAAAAAGUGACUCCGAAAAGGAAUCAUCAACAUCCAAAUCUAAAACAUCUUGUAAUUAUUCGAGUGAGCAGAAUAGUAAUGUUACCCCUAGAACUGAAUCACCGGUAUCAAAGAAAACAAAAUCACAAACUAUGGAUGACUACUCCAAAUCAGAUACGCGUAAAGAUUUGGAUAAACCUGAAGAAAAAUGGACAAAUUCUCGAAAAGGCGACGAAGAUGCAACUUCCAGCAAUUCUAAGGAACAGACAAAAGAAACUUGA